UCUUGUUUUGUCUGUUGUUAGUGAUGAUGCGGGUGUGCUGGUUGGUGAGACAGGAUAGCCGGCACCAGCGAAUCAAACUUCCGCAUUUGGAAGCAGUUGUGGUUGGGCGUGGCCCAGAGACCAAGAUCACUGAUAAGAAAUGUUCUCGACAGCAAGUACAGUUGAAAGCAGAGUGUAACAAGGGAUAUGUCAAGGUAAAGCAGGUAGGGGUCAAUCCCACCAGCAUUGACUCAGUCAUAAUUGGGAAGGAUCAAGAGGUGAAUCUGCAGCCUGGCCAAGUUCUACACAUGGUGAAUGAACUUUAUCCAUAUAUUGUAGAGUUUGAGGAGGAGGCCAAGAGUCCCGGCUUGGAAACACACAGGAAGAGAAAGAGAUCAGGCAACAAUGAUUCUAUAGAAACGGUUGCUGCCCAGGAAGCUAAGCUUGAAACAGGACUGGAACCUGGGAGCAGCCUUAGCCAGUGCUCUGUACCCCCAAAGAAGGGGAAAGAUGCACCUACCAAAAAGGAAUCAUUGGGCCACUGGAGUCAAGGCCUGAAGAUUUCUAUGCAGGACCCCAAAAUGCAGGUUUAUAAAGAUGAACAGGUAGUGGUGAUUAAGGAUAAAUACCCUAAGGCUCGUCACCACUGGCUGGUCUUACCAUGGGCCUCCAUUUCCAGCCUGAAGGUUGUGACCAGGGAACACCUUCGACUCCUCGAACAUAUGCAUACUGUUGGGGAAAAGGUGAUUGCAGAUUUUGCCGGGUCCAGCAAACUCCGCUUUCGAUUGGGCUACCAUGCCAUUCCUAGCAUGAGAGCCCAUGGCCAGCAGAGCCCUUUACACAUAGUGAUCUUGCUGCCUAUACCUUUUCCAUGUAAUGAAUGCUGUUGUGCCAAGGAGGAUGCUCAAAGCAAAAGCUGUGGCAGCCAUGUACACCUUCAUGUAAUCAGCCAGGAUUUUGAUUCUCCUUGCCUGAAAAACAAAAAACAUUGGAAUUCUUUCAAUACAGAAUACUUCCUAGAAUCACAAGCUGUGAUCAAGAUGGUGCAAGAGACUGGUAGAGUGACUGUCCGAGAUGGAGCGUCUGAGCUCUUAAAGCUGCCUCUUCAUUGCCAUGAAUGCCCUCAGCUGCUUGUUUCCAUUCCUCAGCUGAAGGAGCACCUCAGGACGCACUGGACAAAGUGAUUUCUGCAGAGCUGCGCUUUGCUGCAAGUGUGGCCCAUUGUUUGAAGCAUCUUCUACUCAUUUUCUGAAUUAAAACAUGCAGCUUUUUUACAAA